AUGCCAAUGUCUGUGAUAAACAUUAACUUUUCUACGCCACGACAACGUUCAUCAACAUUACCACUGACUCCACCUUCCUCUACUUCUUCAUUGUCAACCAAGAAAUUUUUACCAUCAAUCAAGGGAUUAACUCCACCAUUUAAAUCGCGAACUCCUUCAUCGUUUCCAUUAUCAAAUUUAUACGUUUCACUGUCAUUAAGUACUGAUCGUUUAUUAAAUAAAACUGGAAAAAAAUUUUCAAUUAAAAAGGAUCAUACAUCACCAUUAGGAUCAAUAAACCGACUCACAACAACACCAACGCUCGUUCGUCGAUCACCAGCACGAAAUUUAUUUACUAACGCACAAGAUGUCCCCAUUUCAUCCACAAAAGGUUCACCUAUGCCAGCAAGAGUUACUUCUCCGUUACGUACGUUAUCGGACAUUGAAACGAUGCAUCAGUCGACGGAAAAAAGUCCAACACAAUGUUUAUUCUUUACAAUCUCCUCAGCAGCAACAACGGAGCCAUUAAUCUCAAAAUCGAAUAAUGCAGUAAUGACGAACCAAUCAUUUUCAUUAUCAAAAUUUAAAAAUGUUCUGUUAAAGCGAAAAAGUUCUUCAAUUAUUUUAUUUGACCAUUCAUUCAAAGUAGCGACAUCAUUAUCAACAAUGAAACAACGCUUAAAACAUCUGUUAGUCAAACGUCAAGAAUUAAAGCAUUCGAUUGAUAAUUUAUGUAGAUUAAAAACAAGGAAAAAACAUGUUUCACAUAACAGAGGAACGUUUGGUAUUGAAAUAAGACCAUCAUCGCCGCCACCACCACCAUCCCCAAGCCCAGUACUACAAACACCAAUUGCUUGUAAUAUUCUACGGCUUGCAUUUAAUUUGGAAUUUGAAAAAAUUGAUCUUUUACAUGACACAUAUAUUUAUUCUUCUUAUUCGAUCUACAAUUAUUUUUCUUAUAAUCAUUUACUAUCAUUCUCUGAUAUUCUUAUCUCCACCUCAUCAUCAAUGACAUUAAAUGCCAUCAUGUUUACUACAACGUCAGAUAUUUAUUUAUUUCAACCAAAGUUCUUUUAUAACAAUGGUGAUAGUGAGCAAGAGAGAAUAACACAAAAUUAUAAAUUUACAUAUUUAACUCUUGAUAAUGAACAAGUGAUUUUAACAGCAGAAAGUGAACGAAUAAAUUCAAAAAAUCAAUUUCAAAUUGGUUUUUGUUUUCAAGCGCAUACAACAGUACAAAUACAAACAACGUGGAUUCAUUAUUUAGUUUCGUAUAACAACGUAACGAAAAAUGUUAAAAAUUCUAAGUUUAUUCCCCGUGAUCACGAUCUAUUACCGACAAUUAUUCAACAAACAGGCAAAUCGUCCAUUGAAUCGUCAUUCGUAUUAGGAAAUGCUGCAUUGAUAUCAGAAGCUCUACGACAUUAUCAAAGGAUAGAAAAACGAAGUGAAAAUAAUAAAAAAACUCAUCCACAUCAUCUUAAAAAAGAAUAUGAAUUACGAUCAUCAACGAGAAAAUCACCAUUUAGAAAACUUAAACCGAUUCGUUUCGAUCCAGUUCAGUUACGUCGUAAAAAGUGUUCAUCAACAUUAAUUGAAGAAGAAAAUCGUGUGGGUUCAUCUUCUUCAUCCGGUUUUCGUAGUAUAUCGUAUUCAAAUAUUGAAACAUCAUCAUUAGUUGGAAAUGUUGAUUUACCUGUUUCAUCAUCAUUAAACAAAAACACUAAUAUUCAAAUAUUAGUUUCUAAUGAUGAAAAUUCAAAACCAAUAUAUGCUGAAGCAUUAUGGAAUCAUAUUACUUUAGAACCCAAUUAUUUACCAUUCAAUGUAGGUGAUUUAAUAUUAGUUUUAAAUAAAAAUGAUCAAAAAUUAUGGUAUGGUAGAGUGGGAACAAAUGAAGGAUGGUUUCCAGCAUCAUUUGUCAGAAUAAAAGUUUGUCAAGAUUUAACUAUUGUUGAUCGUCCACUACAAGACGAAAUGAAACAUGGUAGACAUCGUCCAACAGUAGUAAAUAAAUUGAAUUUUAUGCGUUCAAAUGUUAUACAAGAAAUUGUUAAAACAGAAAGUGAUUAUUUAAAUCAUUUAAAAAAUAUAUGUGAUGGUUAUAUUGUAAAAAUGCGUCAACGUACUGAUUUGUUUUCUACGAAUCAAAUCAAAGUACUAAUGGGUAAUAUUGAACAAAUUUAUUCAUUUCAACAACAUUUUUUUCGAUUAUUAAAAGUAUCGAUUGAUGAAUAUUGUAUACACGAUAGUCUAAUAGGAAAAUGUUUUCUUUUAUACAAAGAAGAAUUUAAACAAUAUUCUGAUUAUUGUAUUAAUCAUCCGUUGUCUUGUAUUGAAUUAAACAAAUUAGAAACAAUACCAAAUUAUAAACAGUUUUUUGAAGUAAGUAAGCAAGAUUUGUAA